UUUUCCUUCAACCACUAGUAUGGGAUGUUGACGUGACGCAACAACUAUCAGCUGGUUUUGUUUUGCUUCAUUCCGCUAGAAGUCGUAAAUGAACAAAAACUUGCGUUUUAAUUAAUUGAUGUGAGGCAGAAGAAUAACUGAAGCGUUGGAGUAUAUUUCUCUUCCACUUUAUUCGGACCUUACAGUUUUUCUUCAGUAGGUCUCCGCUUUGGCACUAUCUUUCCAAGAGGUCCAACCGAUCCCAGGCCUCCGAUCCAGGGCGGAGGGAGGGAAGGAGGUCGUUGGGAAUCGGGAUCGGGAUGGAGACCGAGGAGGGAGCUGACGGUCCUGGCGGGCCGGGGCCGGGGCCGUGCUGCGUCUCCUUCAACCAGGACUCCACGUCUUUGGCUGUGGGCACCAAAACUGGAUACAAACUAUUCUCUGUGACCUCUGUGGACAAACUGGACUGCAUUCAUGAGAGUACAGAAACUCCAGAGGUGUAUAUUGUGGAAAGGCUUUUCUCCAGCAGCCUAGUUGUGGUGGUGAGUCAGUCCAUGCCACGUCGCAUGAAUGUCUACCACUUCAAAAAGGGCACAGAGAUUUGCAACUACAGUUACUCGAACAACAUUCUUGCAGUGCGUCUCAACAGACAGAGACUGGUUGUCUGUCUGGAGGAAUCCAUUUAUAUCCACAAUAUAAAAGACAUGAAACUCCUGAAAACCCUUCUCAACACACCAUCCAACCCAUCGGGUCUCUGUGCUCUCUCCAUCAACCAUUCCAACUCUUUCCUGGCAUAUCCAGGCAGUGACACCAUCGGAGAAAUUAUUGUCUAUGAUGCCAACAAUCUGAGCACUGUGACCAUGAUUCCAGCUCAUGACAGUCCACUGGCCGCCAUCACCUUCAGUGCCUCAGGCACCAAACUGGCCAGUGCUUCUGAAAGGGGUACAGUGAUUCGAGUCUUCUCCGUUCCAGAGGGACUGCGCUUGUUUGAGUUCAGGCGGGGGAUGAAAAGGUAUGUCAACAUCAGCUCCCUUUCCUUCAGCCCGGAUGCUCAGUUCCUCUGUGCCUCAAGCAAUACAGAGACGGUGCACAUUUUCAAGCUUGAACAGCACAGCCCAAGUGGGGAGGAGGAAGCUCCCUCUUGGUCAACAUAUGUAGGUAAGAUGUUCACAGCAGCCAGUAGCUACCUCCCAGCACAGGUGUCAGGCAUGAUGAGUCAAGACCGAGCUUUCGCGACGUCCGUCUCCAGAUGGCCGGUCAGAAGAAUGUCUUGUACCCUGGCAAUGUGA